UCCGCUUCCACAGAAGAGAAAUCAGAAACAGAGAGCUACAGAGAGAGAGAGAGAGAGAGUUUCUUUCUACCAAUUUCUGAGCAACCUGUCUGCCAUGGCUAUGGCUUCUCUGAUACCAUCCAAGCACUUCCUCACCCUCAUCACUCUGGCCUCCCUUCUUUGCGUCGCUGCCGCCACGGCAAGACCACACCGCUCCAUCUCUACCAGAAGCUUCAUUGUGAGGUCCUGCCGGAAAACCCACUACCCAAAUGUGUGCCUCAGCUCGUUGGAGAAGUACGCCGGCCAGAUCCAGUGCAGCUCCACGGAGUUGGCCCGGGCGGCGCUCUUGGAGAGCCUGGCCAAGGCCCGGUCGACGUCGGACAAGGUGUCGAGGCUCAGGAUGAUGACCAAGGCCGGCUCCUUGAGCCACCGGCAGAUCAGCGCCAUCAAGGACUGUGUGGAGAAUGUGGCGGAGUCCAUAGACAUGCUGAAGCAAUCGCUUGGGGAGGUGGAGCACCUGAAGAGGAAGAGCUGGGGGCUGGAGAUGAACGACCUGGAGACGUGGGUGAGCGCCGCCCUGACCGACGAGGACACCUGCACCGAGGGAUUCGCCGGCAGGGCCAUGAACGGCUUGGUAAAGCAGGACAUCAGGGCAUGUAUCAGAAGCGUUGCUCAGUUGACCAGCAAUGCCCUGGAUUUGAUCAACAAGUUGUCUCACGCUAGGGGGAGAGUUUCUCCAUGAGCUCUUCCUUAAUAGGUACUCGUUUCAUGUAUAUGUAUACAUAUGCCAGUGAGCUACUGGUUUGCUCCCCACUUUCUUGUUCCUCUUUUGUCUUGUUGAUAUGCUUCUAGUGUGAUGUAUGACAACCAAGUUUUCCAUGAAAGCUCUUCUCUUUUC